AUGAAGCCCACCUCUCCUACCCAGAGACCUCCACCGAAGAAAGAAAAGUCACGACAGGAAUUUAAGGAGCUCUUUAAAGAUGGACCAAACAGGUUCCUGGAAGAACCAAUACACAUAACUGUCACGAUAGUGAGUUCAGAAAGUAAAUUGCAGAAGGUGCAAUGUGUAUUUAUCACACCGGUUAAGGUAGAUGUUGAAAGGGGCCAGCUGCUUACAAAAGCAGUCACUGAUUUUUCUCAGCCACUCUCCUUGCUGCGGAAGGGGAAAGGUGGGUUCCCGAGGCUGGGCGAUGCUGACGGUGACCGGUCUGCAAACUGUUCAGAGCGGCGAUGCUUCUGCCGUAGCUCGGCGUGCCAGCACGCAGCGAGGAUGAGGAUGUUUGGCAGCAGCGAAAGGUCCCGCUCAUCCCAGCGCUGUGAGCAUUUGGGCCUUUCCACUUCCACGAUGGUCUUGUCCGAGCAGAUCCGAACUUACCCGCUUUUGCGGUUGCGGUUCCUGAAGUCUCAGCAAUUCCACGAGCUGAUUAAGAGCUUUCAAAAAAACCCCUCUCUGCGUCUGGCUACUCUUAGUUGGCGUAAAUCAUAUCCAAACAGCAGAUUUAUGAUCAGGAGAGCACUGAAUCUAGGAAUACUUCGAGACCCUGGCUCAGAGGUUGAAGACAGACAAUAUCAAAUAGAUCUUCAAUCUAUAAACAUUGGUACUGCUCACUGGAAUCAGUUGAAACCAGAGAAGGAAAAUGGAAAAGGAGGGGUUUUGACGGAGAGUGAAAGAAAUUCUCAAAAUCCAGCGCUUGAAUGGAACAUGGCCAGUAGCAUAAGGCGGCAUCAGGAGAGGAGAGCAAUUUUAACUCCAAUUUUAACAGAUUUCACGGUUCGAAUAACUGCAGCUCCUGCAAUUAUUUUUACAAAAAUUGAUGCUGCAGAGAAUUUACACCCAGAGGAAAUUUUGGUGUGUGGUCAUUCUUUGGAAGUGAAUGUGACAACAAACCUGGAUUUCUUUCUCAAUGUGGCUCAAGUACAACUUCUUGAGCAGCUGGUACAAGCCAAUAUGGUUGGACUGGAACCUUGCAGUAGCACUGCUGAGGUUUCCAAACAAGAGCAGAAAAAAAUGGAUGUGUCUGAUGGAGGAACAGUUGAGACUUCUUCCCGAUAUAGCGGGGCACAGGACAGUGGAAUUGGCAGCGACAGUGUUAAGAUCAGAAUCGUUCAGAUCGAGCAGCACAGUGGUACCAGCCAGCACCGCAUUGCCCGUCCUUCCCGCCAGUCUUCCAUCGUGAAGAAUCUCAAUUUCAUUCCCUUUGACAUUUUUGUAACAGCAAGUCGAAUCUCCUUGAUGACUUACUCGUGCACUGCCUUAACUAAAUCAAAAUCAGUACAAGAUCAGAAAGAUGGUGAGAAAAUAAGCAAAAGCUCCUUGAACCUUCCAGAAGCGGGCUCAGGUGGCAGCCAUGAUACCAAGAAGCCCAGUCAGCCGUGCAUUUCCUCUGUCACAGCAGACGAUCUUUUGAACAGUAAUGUUCCCCUGUCUACUGGGAGAAAAACGGGUCUUUUGUCACUGGAAAGUCUGCAUGCUUCCACAAGAUCGUCAGCUCGACAAGCCCUAGGUAUAACUAUUGUUCGGCAGCCUGGUCGCAGGGGAACUGGGGACAUCGAGCUACAGCCAUUUCUCUACCUCACUGUAUCGCAGCCCUCUGUGCUCCUGAGCUGCCACCACAGAAAGCAAAAGGUAGAAAUAUCAGUGUUUGACGCUUGUCUUAAAGGAGUUGCCUCAGACUACAAGUGUACAGAUCCUGGGAAGACUCUACCAGAAGCUCUGGAUUACUGCAAGAUUUGGUUGCAGACAGUAGCAGGAGAGGUAGAUGCUAAAAGUGGUAUUCCGCCUCCUCUUAUCACUGUGCAAAUUAAAGACUUCCUUAACGGACCAGCUGACAUAAAUGUGGACAUAUCAAAACCUUUGAAAGCAAAUCUCAGUUUUGUCAGACUUGAUCAAAUAAACCAGUUUUUGAAGAAAAUCAUAACCACAAAUGAUGCUGAGCCCAGGAAGGAGGCUGCUCCGUCAGCUGGCGUUAUUCCAGAUGAGGAUGUCACUUCAAUAACCAAACACCCCAGUACAAAGGAUUUUCUACCUGCAGCACACAUCAACGCUGUGCAAAAGGCUUCAGUACAAGAAAAUUUGUGGCGAGCCCUUUCCUGCUUCCAGAAAAUUUCCAUUCACACUGUUCAAAUGGUUGUUUCGAUGGAAACCAUCCCACAUCCCAGUAAACCUUGUUUGUUAGUCUCUUUAUCAAACCUCAGUGGGAGUCUGAAUAUUAGAAGUGGACAUAAAACUGCAGGAAUCCAUGGAUCAUCUUUUGUCCUUGACAUAAAAGAUUUCCUACUUAAAACAAGUCUCAAAGAAAGAGCCAGAUCUCUGAUGGGCCCUUUUUGCUGCUCUGUUAAUGUGGAAGCCAAGUGGUGUAAGCACAGUGGUGAUCCUGGCCCAGAGCAAUCUAUUCCAAAAAUAUACAUCGAUUUGAGAGGAGGACUGCUGCAGGUUUUCUGGGUGUAAGAGCAUUUGAACUGUUUAGUUCUUCUCCAGGAGCUUCUGUGGCAGUACCUCACUAAAAAGGGCAGUGCAGAGACAUUGCUAUCUGAACGUACACACCCCACUUCUUUUUCUACGGGAAGGAAUCAGGCCUCAAAAACUGAGCAUACCUCAGAUGAUCUGAGAACAGGCCUGUUCCAGUAUAUACAAGAUGCAGAAGCACAAAAACUGCCCAGUGCCUAUGAAGUUGUGUUUUACAAUGAAACUGAGGAUAGUCCGGGAAUGAUGUUGUGGAGAUAUCCAGAACCCAGAGUGCUCACUCUUGUAAGAAUUAACCCUGUUCCUUUUAAUACCACUGAAGACCCAGAUAUUAGCACUGCUGACCUUGGAGAUGUUCUUCAGAUUCCUUGCAGCUUGGAGUACUGGGAUGAGCUUCAGAAAUCAUUUGUUGCAUUCCGGGAAUUCAGUCUAUCAGAAAGCAAAGUCUGUGAACUACAGCUGCCCAGUAUCAACUUUGUGAAUGAUCAGAAAGAGCUCAUAGCCUCCGAUCUUUGGAGGAUUGUCCUGAACAGCAGUCAGAAUGUGGCCGAUGACCAAAGCUCAGAAAGUGAAUCUGGCUCACAAAGUGCAUGCGAUCAGCUUGUAACCCCCACGGCAUUAGCAGCCUGUACCAGGGUUGACUCCUGUUUUACUCCUUGGUUUGUGCCAUCAUUAAGUGUGUUGAUCCAAUUUACUUAUUUGGAAGUCCACCUCUGCCAUCAUCUUGAUCACCUAGGCACAGCACCACCAAAGUUUCUUCAGCCAUUUUUAUCUGAUAAGAACAUGCCAUCUGAACUAGAAUACAUGAUAAUUUCCUUUGAUGAGCCUCAUGUCUAUCUUCGUCAGUGGAGCGAUGAGUCGAUGUUCCAGGAGAUCCAGUUUUCAACUCAAGCCGACUGUAAACUUUUGGAGUGCCGAAACGUGACUAUGCAGAGUGUUGUGAAACCUUUCAAAAUCUGGGGGCAGAUUGCUAUUUCCAGCAGCACAGUAGGAAGGCUAUUGGACUGCACAAUAAUGGUGGACCCCAUUUUUAUCAACUUUGGCCAAUAUGCACUUCAUUCUCUAAAUACAGCAAUUCAAGCUUGGCAGCAGAACCAAUGCCCUGAGGCAGAGGAGUUGGUCUUCAGCCAUUUUGUGAUCUGUAAUGACACACAAGAGACACUGCGGUUUGGCCAGGUGGAUACUGAUGAAAAUAUUUUGCUGGCUAGUCUCCACAGUCACCAGUACAGCUGGCGUUCUCACAAGUCCCCGCAGCUGUUACACAUCUGUAUUGAAGGCUGGGGAAACUGGCGGUGGUCUGAACCAUUCAGUGUGGACAAUACAGGGGCCUUUAUUCGUACUAUUCAGUACAAGGGCCGGACAAUCCUAAUCUGUGGAAGACAGACAGUCUGUAGUUACCUUUCCGAAAGUAUUGAACUGAAAGUGGUUCAGCAUUACAUUAGUCAGGAUGGACAGGCCGUUGUUAAAGAACACGUCAACUGCCUUGCAGCCAAGCAGAAGUUGCCUUCAUAUGUCCUAGAAGACAAUGAGCUCACUGAGCUGAGUGUGAAAGCUACAGGAGAUGAAGACUGGUCCCGAGACGUAUGUCUAAGUUCUAAACAUACAGAACACAGCACUGUCAUUCAGGUACCAUCUUCAAAGAGUUCAAUUACAUAUGUGUGGUGCACAAUUUUGACUUUAGAGCCCAACUGUCAUGUGCAGCAACGAUUAAUUGUUUUCAGCCCUUUUUUCAUUGUAAGGAGCCAUCUUCCAGACCCAAUUAUCAUACAUUUAGAGAAAAGAAGUCUGGGACUGAAUGAAAUGCAAGUGAUUCCAGGGAAAGGACAGGAGAAAGCACUGCAAAAUAUAGAACCUGAUCUUACACACCACCUGACAUUUCAAGCCAGGGAGGAAGAUGAUCCAUCAGAGUGCGCAGUCCCUAUCUCAACCACGCUAAUUAAACAGAUAGCGACUAAAUCCCAUCCAGGUGGCAAUGUCAACCAAAUACUGUCCGAGUUCUAUGGCACUGCUAAUCCUCCCCAGCCUGCAUGGCCAUAUAAUAGGAAGGAUUCAGACAGCAAUGAACAACUCUCCCAAUGGGAUAGCCCAAUGCGGGUAAAGCUGUCAGUGUGGAAACCGUGUGUUAAAACUCUGCUGAUAGAACUCCUGCCCUGGGCUUUGCUUAUCAAUCAGUCCAAGUGGGACCUCUGGCUGUUUGAAGGAGAGAAGAUCAUUCUUCAAGUACCUACUGGGAAAGUAAUUAUACCUCCCAACUUUGAGGAAGCUUUUCAGGUUGGAAUAUACUGGGCAAACACUAAUACUGUGCACAAAUCAGUGGCAAUUAAACUGGUUCAUAAUGUGACGUCCCCGAAAUGGAAGGAUGCCGAUAAUGGGGAAGUAGUAACAUUGGAUGAAGAAGGUUUUGUUGAAGCUGAAAUAAAACUUGGUGCUUUCCCAGGUCAUCAAAAGUUGUGUCAAUUCUGCAUUUCUUCGAUGGUUCGACAAGGUAUACAAAUUCUACAGAUAGAAGAUAAGACAACAUUAAUCAAUGAUACAUCAUAUCAAAUCUAUUAUAGGCCACAGCUUUCUAUUUCCAAACCCCACUCAGGAGAAGAGGACUUCCACUCAUCGGACAGUACGGUGUUCAGCAUCAGUCCAGCUGGGGCACCACCCAGCAAGACGCUGAGCGCUGUGCCCUGCUGGGACCUGAUGUCGGACACCAGUCCCUUAACUUCAGGGCCACCUCUUAGUGAAAAACGCAUACAGCUGAGUUUCAGUCCAGGCGGCUGCACUGGGAGUUGUGAGCUGUGGAGCCUACCAGCUGUCAUUAAACAGGAGUUUCCUAGACAGAGCGUGGCGGUGCCCACAGGGGUUUGUAGUGAAAGUGGAUUUUGUACCAGAGCUAUAGCACUGACUUACCAAGAGCAUCUUGGCGUGACGUACCUAACACUUACAGAAGAUCCUAGUCCUCGUAUAAUUAUCCACAAUAGGUGCUCCAUUCCAUUGCUUGUAAAAGAGAACUUCAAAGAUACACCAAAGUUUGAAGUUUAUUGUAGAAAGAUUCCAGCUGAAUGUUCAGUUCAUCAUGAACUUUACCAUCAAGUCUCCAGCUAUCCAGAUUGUAAAACAAGAGAUUUGUUGCCCAGCAUUCUUCUGAAAGUGAUGUCGUCCGAUGAAUUAGUAAAUGAAUGGAGUGAUUUUGUGGACAUCAACAAUCAAGGAACACAAAUUGUGUUCUUAACUGGCUUUGGCUAUGUUUAUGUGGACAUUGCCCAUCAGUGUGGAACAACAGUCAUAACGUUGGCCCCAGAAGGAAGAGCAGGACCCGUCGAGAUCAACCUCAACAGAAGUCAAGAGCAGACCCUGUCACUGAAAAUGUUCAUCAGUCAGUUAAGUCUUGCUGCGUUUGAUGAUAUUACAAACCACAAAGUGUCAUCUGAACUUCUGCGUCUCACAGCAGACAAUGUUUUCCUCCACAUGGCCCCAGCCACCAACUACUUGAGACCCCUGUCGCAGGAGUUCCAGCGGGACGCUGUGGAAGGCCUCCCACAAUUUCAUUGUCUCCAAGUGUAUUGUGAAGACUUGCAACUGGACAAUCAGUUGUACAGCAAAUCCAAUUUCCAUUUUGCAGUCCUGCUGUGCCAAGGAGAGAAAAAUGAGACGAUGCAGUGGUCCAGAGUGAACAACCUCAUUGUUUGUAACAAAGAUUUGGAAAGCUAUAAGGAAAACUGCUUUAUAAAACUCUGCAUUGCUUUUUCCAAGGAAGAGAAUUUCGUGUUUCACAUGAAUGACCUCAGCUUUGAGCUCAAACCAGCUAGGCUGUAUGUGGAAGACACCUUUGUUUACUACAUUAAGACUUUGUUUGAUACAUAUCUUCCAGAAAACAAAACCGCUUGUCAGUCUGUGAAUACUUCAGAUACUACGCUGAUACUGCCUGAACAAGUGAGAGAGCAUGCAAGAGCUUUAGUCAAGCCAGUGAAGUUAAGAAAAUUAACAAUACAACCUGUUAAUCUCCUUGUCAGUAUUCAUGCUUCAUUGAAACUGUAUAUAGCGUCAGAUCACACCCCUCUCUCCUUCUCUGUGUUUGAGCGAGGACCCAUCUUCACCACUGCCAGGCAACUUGUCCAUGCCUUGGCCAUGCAUUAUGCUGCUGGAGCACUUUUCAGAGCAGGCUGGGUUGUCGGAUCGUUGGAAAUUCUCGGAAGCCCGGCUAGUCUGGUGAGAAGCAUAGGGAACGGCAUAGCCGAUUUCUUUAGGCUCCCCUAUGAAGGGCUGACCAGAGGCCCAGGAGCAUUUGUCAGUGGAGUUUCCAGAGGAACAACAUCAUUUGUAAAACACAUUUCCAAAGGUACACUGACGUCAAUUACCAAUCUGGCAACGAGUCUUGCUCGGAAUAUGGAUAGGCUGUCACUGGAUGAGGAGCAUUACAACAGACAAGAAGAAUGGAGAAGGCAGCUUCCAGAGAGCCUGGGAGAAGGACUGAGGCAGGGGCUCUCUCGUUUAGGCAUUAGCCUUCUAGGUGCAAUUGCUGGGAUCGUGGAUCAGCCGAUGCAGAAUUUUCAGCGAGUGUCUGAGGCCCAAGCUUCAGCCGGGCACAAAGCAAGAGGGGUCAUCUCGGGUGUGGGGAAAGGAAUCAUGGGCGUCUUCACAAAGCCCAUCGGAGGGGCAGCUGAGCUCAUCUCCCAGACAGGUUACGGUAUUUUGCAUGGAGCUGGACUUUCUCAGCUUCCCAAGCAGCGCUCUCAUCCAAAUGAUCAACAUGUUGAGCAGGCUCCAAAUAGCCACGUCAAAUAUGUCUGGAAAAUGCUGCAAUCUUUAGGAAGGCCGGAGGUCCAUAUGGCCUUAGACGUCAUGAUUGUGAGUGGAUCAGGCCAGCAGCAUGAAGGCUGCUUGCUGCUCACCUCGGAGGUGCUCUUUGUGGUCAGCAUCAGUGAAGACACGCAGCAGCAGGCAUUCCCCGUGACUGAAAUUGAUUGUCUGGAAGAUGAUCAGCAAAAAGACCUGCUGAAGGUGCAGCUAAAACAACAGAGAGUGCCUUCUGAUUUGGAGGCAGAUGGAGCUAGAGAGAGACUAUCGGAACAACAGUACAACCGCCUUGUGGAGUACAUCACAAAGACAUCUUACCACCUCGCUCCCAGCACCACGACCGUGCCAGCGUUGCAAACUGUGGCUACCGAACACCUUCCAGCUAUAGUGAAAACAUACCAAUAUGUAGUUGAUCCAAAUUUUGCCCAAGUGUUCAUUAGCAAAUUCACCAUGGUGAAAAAUAAAGCCUUGAGGAAAGGUUUUAAUUAAUAAUUAUUUGUGGUGAGUACAGUAAUACCUUACCGUUUCGAAAGUAAUGCUUUCUCUGCAGUAACCUGCAUCAAGUAGAGAUGCGUAUAGUUUUUGAGGAGGUAGGAGACGAUAACAAAGUUAAGCCCCAUAGCUUUUCUAAUCUUGACAACAUUCCCGCUCCCUAGCCAAAAUACUAGUGCUGGAAGGAAAGUGUUCUAGCAAACACAUCAAGUGAAAAGGAACAGCCUUGGACUAUAGUUCAAUCAAAAUCCUUUUUCUUUUCAAUAACCAAAAAUCAGACAACAAGGAAAAAUUGUGUGCAUACAGACAUUUUCAACACACACGCAAAAUGCGUAUCAAUACCUACUAUAUCAUAUUUUAGGGUCUGCCAGUUUCUGUUUCUAUAAACCUGGUUUAUAACUCCGUUGUAAAAACUUGCUCAAGGCUGAGCCUUCCCCCCCCCCGCCCCGCACUCCCCCCAACAUGUACAUCCUGAGGCAAAACAUUUUCCCCCACUAAAUCUGAAAAACCCAGUGUGGCUGUUUUAAGUUACUAGUGACAGCUGGGUUUUAGCACCACUUUAACCUUAAAAUAGCUUCCUUUAUGUGACUGAAGUUUUGCAGGACAUUAGUCUUUAAUGUAAACUAGUGCCUUUGUGUGGUUUGGAGAACAAAACAUGAACUAGAACAUGAAUUUAUUUUUGCAACUGUCUGUAUACAGAAACUUUAUUUUAUCCAGCAUGACAUUUUCAGAAGGACUUUCAAUGUAUAUAUGACAUUGUGCAUUGUCUGGUCGUUAGCUGGAAGCCAGUAACAUGCAGUUCAAAAAUUUAAGAAACAGAGCUUAGUCUCCUUAAAGUCUACGGAAAAGCUGUAAGCUCAAUGGAACAUCGAUGGGCAGGUGCUAAGGAUAGCCUUGUUGGGUCUCGCUUACUUCUGAUCUGCCACCACUACAUUGUACACGCUCAGUUAAGCCCUAAUUCGUUUUAUGCUUGUCAUCUCUGAACAGGUAAAACCAGGGAUAUUUAGAAACGUGACCUUUCAAAUAUGUUUGUGCUAAGCAAAGUGAGAUUUUUUUUCCAAGUUGAUCGAAAAGCAUGGACCCACAGGCACCAAUUACAUUAAUGGUUAAUGACACCAUCACAGUACACGUAUGAGUAUGAUGAUAAACACAUCAAGACAAAUGAGCUUUCGAAGAAGUGUCUUAUUUUUCAGAGGUUUUACAGUUUGUAGUAGACAAGAAAUCACUGUCUCUGAGCACAGUUAGGUUACUUUAUAAACCAAAUCUGGCUAUGGCAGUUUUGUUUUAAAAAACAAAAGCUUAAUUGCUUUUCAGCUAUGCGUGUUACUUAUCUCCCCUUUUCUGUGUGCUUACGGACGUGAAUGUUGUCUGGGGAUUCCUGAACAUGGCCGGAAUUGAAGACAAGAACUGGAAUAAAAUCUGAUCAUCAUUUGGAGCAGAUGAUACAUGUGCUUUAUAGUUAAUGACUUCUAUGCAUACUUGAUAUGACCAAACGCACAGUAAAUAAGAACGUAGUAACUGCAAUGUUUUUCUUGUGAGUUCUGUUUUGUUAAAAGGUAUUUCUAAAAGCCGUGUCUCUUGUGUACUGACAAUACAGAAGCCUGGGAUCCGCAUUGUCCUUUUCUGACUGUGAAAUAAGCCUGUUCGUUAUCAACAUUUCAUAGAGUGAUUUAAUAACUUAGUCAUUGUUUAAAUAACACUAUUUAAAAAAAUGUAUAUGUAUAUACACACACAUGCUUCAUUCCGGAAUAUUUUAUGGAAAUAGUUUAAUACUUCUAAUUUUGCAUAUUGGUGGAUAAAUUGUAAUAUAAUGAGAUUGUUUAAAGAUAAUAAAGCUAUUCCUGUAAUACUU